AUGAGAGCAUUGGUAGCACUGGUGUUGUGUGUGUUUGUGACCCCUGGCCUCACAGACAAUGCGAGUCCACCCCUAUUGCGAGUGCCGUUGCAUGAGAUGCAGUCCGUGCGAAGUCAUCUUCACGAAGUGGGAACUGCUGUCAAGUUUGCGUUACCACUACACCAUCUCAAGCACUACAGACACAGUCUGCAGCCCAUCCCUGAGCCGCUCUCCAACUAUUUGGACGCCCAGUACUACGGAGUCAUAUCUCUGGGAACUCCCGGACAGUCAUUCAAAGUAGUGUUCGAUACGGGCAGCUCUAACCUAUGGAUCCCCUCCAAGACCUGUAAGUGGACUGACAUCGCGUGUCUUCUCCACAAUAAAUAUGAUUCGAAAAAGUCUUCGACUUAUAAGAAGAACGGAACCGCUCUUGAGAUUCGUUAUGGCUCUGGGAGUAUGAAAGGCUUCCUGAGUACCGAUGUGUUGGGCAUCGGAUCCGCUCAGAUCACAGACCAGACGUUCGGUGAGGCGACCUCUGAACCGGGCAUUGCAUUCGUGGCCGCGAAGUUUGACGGCAUCCUUGGGCUUGGAUUCGACACGAUUUCGGUGGACGGCGUCACCACUGUCUUCAAUAAUAUGAUAAAACAGGGACUCGUUUCGGACCCCAUCUUCUCCUUCUACCUAAACCGUGACACCGGUUCGAGUCCGGGAGGAGAGAUCAUAUUCGGCGGAUCAGAUCCCGACCACUACUCCGGAAACUUUACGUACGUGUCGGUCGAGAAGCCGGGCUAUUGGCAGUUCACGAUGGAUGGGGUGGCCGUUGGCGACUCGAACGUACAGUUUUGCGCGAACGGGUGUCAGGCCAUCGCAGACACGGGCACUUCGCUCAUAGCGGGUCCGUCCGAUGAGAUCGCGAACCUCAACAAACUGAUUGGCGCCACACCUAUAGCUAUGGGCGAGUAUUUAGUGAAAUGCGAUGAUAUCGACAAAUUGCCCGAAAUCUCGUUCACAAUCGGCGGAAAGGCGUUCUCACUAAAAGGCUCUCAAUAUGUGCUAAAAGUGACACAAUUUGGCAAAACCAUGUGUAUCUCAGGCUUUAUAGGCCUGGAUGUGCCGCCACCGAUGGGUCCGCUUUGGAUUCUGGGCGACGUCUUCAUUGGUCCCUAUUAUACUGAAUUCGAUUUCGGCAACAAAAGGGUCGGAUUCGCACCAACCGUUUAGACAUUUGAGUCACAAAACUAUAUUUAAUGCAAUUAAACGUCAAAACUUAAUCACACUUUUGAAGUAGUUUUCAGGAAUCGGUUUAUUUUGUAUUAUUUGACAAUUUUGUAACAAAAUCUCGUAUUGAGAUAACUAUUUAAUUUGCUGACAAUUCUAUUCAGAAUUUCAAAAACUUUUUAUUUGUAAUUCAAGUGAUUUUCCCUAACAUAGUAAGCAAUUAAUUAAAUUUGAUUACCUGAAAUACAGUACACAGUAUGACAACUAACAAUUUCCGUAGGAAUAUCUACAAGAUGAUCCUGUAGUACUGUAUCGUAUAAUGUAAUUAUGAUUUACCUUAAAUUUACGGCAAUUCUGCUGUAGUGCUCAUAAAAAAUAUCACAGUUUUAUAUUUUGUGAUAAAUGUUUAAUGAAUGAUUACUUUAUUAUAAUAAUAAACGUUUGAAAUGAAAUACAAA